UAGAAGCAAAUGGAGCCACACACUGAGGAGUUUCCUGUGAGUGCGCAGAGAAUCCGAGCAGUACAGUACAUAGGAAAUGAGUCAUAGGAGUUGAACUGUUAGCGUGGGUGUGUGCGCUAUUAAAACAAGGCUCAGACUCCUCCGGGUGACUCACUCUGAUGCUCGCUUUUCCAUGCUCAAAACCAGCUCGGAUUGUUAAUCAGAUGAACUUUUCGGGAAUCGUGUAGCCAACAGCGAGCAGCUUUCCCCCGCAGACACCAUGGCUUUAAACACCCUCUGCGCGCUCUGCGGACUUAUUAUAGCGGCUGGGACCAAUUUCCAUGGUGUGAGCGCACAGAAAAGUCAGUGUGGCAGCUCAGAGUUUUGGAACUCAGAUUUGGACGUUUGUCUGUCGUGUUCGUCGUGCAAACAGUACCCGAAGACCCCGUCCUGCAACACAUGUAAAUCUGUUGACGAGACGUCUGAUGUGUGGAAGCUAGCGGCCAUUACCAGCUUCUCGGUGCUGGCGGUGGUUCUGGUCGGGGCGGCGCUGAUUAUCGGGGUCAUGGUACAUCGACGAAAGAACCACAAACGGCCUCUACGUGAACCCAUUGAAGAAACUGCGGGGCCACUUUACCAAGCUUAAACCAUUCACCUCAUCUUCCUCUGGAAACAGAUGUGACAGAACCCAGGAGCGGCUGGUUCAGAGUCUGACGAGAAAACCUCUGGACCAAAUACUUUGCAGGGUUUCUCUUCUUCAGAAUUGGACCAUUUUUUAUUUAUUAGACGGUCGAGUGAAGAGCUGUGCUCAGUGUAGGCCCGUCAGAGACCACAGGAGCGCCUCUCACACCUCUGUAGGAUAGCAACAUCAUAACAGUGGUAUCAAUCUCAGAUAUUGCGUGCCUUUCAUAUUCCACUUCUAGGUUUGGAAGACCUUUGUGGGUUUACAGAUGUUUGAAACUACAGACAUUUCUUCAGAGAUGCUUCACAAAUCCUGUAUUUUAUGUAAUGAAUGUAACACAGCCAUUCUGCGUGUUAGACAAGGUUUGAUCAUUUACCACAACAGCCUCUUAGAGAUAAACAUGUGAGAUAUUAAGAAGUACUGUCAGGCCCAUUAAGGCCAUUUGAAUGUAGCUUCUAGGUGAAAUGUAUGUUGGCCUUGGUCCCUGCUCCUUUAGUCGUAUUACAGUGAGAAAGCUGUGUUUAUUCACUGUUACUGCGUCUCCUGUGACCAACACAGAUCCUUUAUCGCGGGUUAAUACAAUAACAUCAUGUCCGUUUUAAUGUUACUAGGUUUUAGGAGAUGAUUUGUCACCAGAAGUCGCGCUUUUCUGUCCCGGCACUCGUAGGACAGGAAGUUGGAAACACUAGACACACAAUCCCAAACUGCAAACACGUGGGAAUGUCGGGAGGAAUGUACCGUAGUGAAGGAAAUGAUACCUUCAGUGCUUCAGGAACAUCAGUAUGCUUACUAACUCUGAACGGUUUCAGAUCUCAAGAUACAUGUCAUGUGUCUGUUUGUAAUUUCGUAGCCAUUGAGCAAGAAUCACGGUGGCCAGGGUUGUUGUUUUCCAUUUCUUUUUUUAGUCUGCCAUGUUUGUCGGUAUGUUGUAUUUUAUGUGACGGACAAGGUUUCAGGUCGUGUGUUGGAUCUGUCUGCUUGUGGGUGAACUGAUGCCAAUGGCAGCAAAAUAAGGGAAUGCCUUAAAAUACACUUCUUUUAGAUUUUUUAUGUUAUUUAUUUUUAAGUAUCUUGCGGUGUUGUUUUGCAUCAACUGCGAGUGACAAAGCACAUUUUUUUAAAAAGGACUCCGGUGAAGAUUUUUGUUGAACUUCCACCAGGCCAGCCAACGAUGAAACUGAGCAAUAACGAACACUUCCUGCUUAUUUCUCCUGCUUCCUAUUUCUAAUUGUAUAUACUGUACAUGCACUGGCUUCUUUUACUUAAUGCUAUCUUAUAAACUGCUUUUUGUAACAAAUGUAUUUUCUAAAUAAAACUGACAAUUAUA